AUGCCGAUAAUAAGUAAGGCAGACCGAAGUCGAGAUGAAGCAAGUGCAGAAAUAGAGCAUAUCGAUCGUGGAAUACAUUCAUUUCAGGAAAUUUCUCACAUAUUCAACAAUAUGGCAUUGAGAAGGUUGAUUUUGAGUCACAAUAAAAUUUCAUUCGUACCACCAAAUAUCGCUGAUUUGGUUAAUUUAGAGAGCUUGAAUUUAUGGAACAAUCAGAUCGAAGAUUUGCCGACAUCAAUAUCGUCACUGAAUAAAUUGCGAAUUCUUAACUUGGGAAUGAACCGACUAAAUAUAUUGCCAAGAGGUUUCGGAUCAUUCCAAGCACUGGAAAUACUGGACCUAACUUAUAAUAAUUUGAAUGAACGUAGUUUACCGGGAAAUUUCUUUUUUAUGCCAACAUUACGUGCCCUAUAUUUGGGUGAUAAUGAUUUCGAAUAUUUACCCGCUGAUAUUGCAAAUCUUUCAAGUUUGCAAGUUUUGGUGUUACGUGAAAAUGAUUUACUCGCUUUGCCAAAAGAAAUUGGUAAACUUUAUCGCUUGAAAGAACUUCAUAUUCAGGGAAAUCGUUUGACCGUUUUGCCACCGGAAAUUGCUGGAUUGGAUCUUGUUGGUCCAAAACGAGUUCUGCGACUUGAAAAUAAUCCUUGGGUACAACCACUGGCAGAACCAUUAACAAAAGGUAUGUAUAUUUAA